AUGUGUGCCGUCAUGCUGCUCCUUUCGGCCACUCUGUUCGCGCUUGCCGCCCGCCAGGGCCUCGUCCGCGCCGCCGAUACCUGCUACUACCCCGAUGGGAGCGUCGCCGACAAGGACACCCCGUGCGCCUCUUCCGGCUCCGCCGUCGCCUGCUGCCCCUAUGGCUGGACCUGUCUUGAUACUGGCAUCUGCGCUCUGAGCUCUCUGGACUAUAUCACCCGGUACACCUGCACAGACCAGUCGUGGGAUUCUUCAGCCUGUCCUCAGUAUUGCCUUGAAGGCACUCCUAAUGGCACCGAUACGGGCAAUGUCGCCCUGCUCGAGUGCAGCGACAAUCAGUAUUGUUGCAAUGGUGACAGGAGCGGGAACUGCUGCAAGGACAAGGCUGUGUCAUUAUUUGGCAUUUCCCCCGAUGUGGGAGAGAAUGGCUUUUUGACUGAUCGUGAACCGCAAAUGGCUACAGAUCUGGAACCAAUCACCACAAUGGAAUCAGCCAUGAUUCCAAGCGCAUUUUCAACCUUGUCUUGGAGCGACCCUACAUCCACAUCGGGAGCCGAACCAAGCUCCUCAGAAGAGCCGGUAUCCACGCGCGGUGGCACCUCUACAUUGUCAAAAGCAACAUCCCGGUCCUCUGAUGCACCUCCCACUGCAGUAAUCACUUCGAUUGUGGCAAAUCCCACUAAUGGCGCUCCUUCGACCGUAUACCUUACGAGGACUGCUGCUGCUUCGACACAGACAUCUUCGAGCCAAAGUUCAGCUCCAUCGUCAUCAUCCCACAAGGGUGUUAUCGUCGGCUGCGCCGUCGGCAUUCCAGUUUCAGCCGCACUCAUCGCCAUCAUAGCCAUCCUGCUUCACCGUAAACGCCGCCGACGGAGAAGCAAAAAUCCCCGCAGCCUCCUUCCGCCCUUUUCCACCAACCCUGAGGAAACCGAAAAGAAUCCGCGUAUUUCGGAGCUGGAUGGGUAUCCUCGUGCUACCGGCGGCAGCAUAGCGCCGCAUCGUUCGAGUGGAGUUUUUGAGCACUAUGUCGGCAAAAGCAGUAGAGGUCAUGCUCGUGCUGCCAGCGAAGUCGACGGCACUCCCAUUUCCGCCAGAGAAAAGCCGCCAGCGGAACUAGAAUCCCCGAGAAAUUCAAAAGCGCCGCCCGUGGAGUUGGAGGCCACUGAAGCAAGAGCAGGUGGAGGUUACUUUAGGAUAUCUCCUGUGAUUGGUGGAACUGCGGGAAGCAGUCCAGACCCAGGCAGGGGGUAUGCGGUAGGAGGUGUCGCGCCGCCGGGAGGGUUGAGAAUCGUGAAUGCCGUGGAGGGUGAGCUGGACAGUGAAGUCGAAAGUGAGGCAGAAAGAAGAGCAAGCGCUGCUGGACACUCCAGAGGCUCAGAUAUGCGGCUCAAGAGCCCGCCGCCGGUGUAUCAGAGUCCGAGGACUUGGAGACAAACUAGGGGGAGCUCACCAGCGGAAAGCAGCGAUGGAGCGGCGAGAGCGGCGGGCGCGGCGUCGGCGGGUUUCGGCAGCCCCGUCAGCCCCCUGCAAAGUCACGGCUGGGGAAGAUAA